GCUUAGUCGUUUUCGGUACCAAAAAGCGCAGCAGCAUGGAUCGCGAAGUGACGCCGCAAAAGACACGCCGAGGCAACGCUGGCGGCCGGAUCAAGGCCAAAGGCGGCGGCCGCGGCCCGGCGCUGACCCCGCGCCCUGCGCCAAUGCCAACGCCCACGAUCUUGCGCGCCGCAGCGCCGCCGGCCGUCGCGACGCUCUUCAACCCCGACCAGCCGCGCCAGCAAGUGCAUCCGCAAGGCCACCAGAAGCUUUACGAGCCCAACUCGUCGCCGUUCUCACCGCCAGGACCGCUCUCACAGCCAGCGCAGCGUCCUGGCGCCAAGGCAAAAGCCGACCCCGCGCUACAGAUCCAUACGGCCAAGGCAUCGCUCGAGCAGCAACAGGCGCCGGUCAACGGCUGCGGCUGGAAGCUCGUCAACGCACAGCUUCAGUUUUGCGCCGACCUGCCACAACCUGCGAGCUGGGCCGAGCUCACGCAGUACCAGGUCGUGGGUUGCAUUGGCCUGGAGGGUGUCGGCAAGUCGACGCUUCUCUCGAUGCUGGCAAAUCAGAGCCCGUCGACAACGAAUGCUUGGUUUCCGAUCCAGACCCUUGACUGCAAGCUCAGUGGUAAGCACCAAACCAAUGGCAUCGACAUGUGCAUCACGGACGACAAUGUGGUCUUCCUCGACUGCCAGCCCUUCCUGAGCAGCUCUAUGCUCCACGAAAUGAUCCGGAAGCACGAAUCGCCCAAGUUCAACGCCCUUCCGCUCGACCAGCAGCUCGAAGUCGCUUCGCUCCAACUGCUUGUGUUCCUCUUUUCCGUGUGCCACUACGUACUCGUCGUCUCGGACACGCCCAUGGACCACGACCUUGCGGAGCUAUUGCAAUGUGGCGAAGUCCUCAAGCAGCGCGUGCCGAGUAUCUCGGGCGAGCUCACUGAGCACUGCGCACAGGCCAUUUUCGUGCAGACCAAGACACCACCGCGACAUGCCGACUCGGCGCUUGCGUGGCUGCAGACGACCCACGAUGGCUCUCUCUUCGCGUCCAGCACACCGUCGCUGCCUCUCUUUGCCCUGCCUCGUCUCGAUGCGCCAACGUUUCCUGCGACGUAUGAUGCUUUUGCAACCUUCAUGCAGCACCUCCCCAAGACGUCACUGACGCAGAAGAAGGGCCACAACCUCCUUUCGUUGAAGGAGUGGGUGCAAAACGCGGCUCGCAUUUACGACAGUCUGCGCAAGUCGAGCUCGAUAAGCGACUACAGCCGCUUGCUUCAAAAAGCCUCGUCGUCGGUCUCAGGCAAGUGAACUGCAGUGGCACCGACGCUCGGGCUUCAUGCGACUGAUGUCGCCCUUGGACGCGCGCAGCUUCUCGUGGUACAGCUGCGCGAGCUCGGCCUUGAGCCGGUGAAUCUCGCGGGCGUGGACAACCGCCUCUAGUCACCCGGUAACAUCAACAUGUCAGGAGCGUUGAA